AUGAAGUAUCCACUCCAACCCAUCGUUGCUUUUCUCAUAGUUGCAUUAGUAACGCAUGCUGCUUUAUCUCCUGAGCUUUACUGGAAGUCCAUGCUUCCCAGUACUCCCAUGCCUAAAUUUAUCGUAGAUCUCCUUCACCCAGCUGUCAAUGCUGCGUCAAGUGAUAGCACCACCGUCCACAGUGGCCGAGUUGAAUUAGAAACAAGACUUUGCAAUUUUCGGGUUUGUUAUGCUGACUCUGGAUAUGAUACCAAACUCCACAGUAACCCCAACACCACUCUCUUCUUCUGGGAAAGGGAUUUGAAGGCAGGUCGGAGAAUGAACUUUCUCUUCACGCUUGCCUCCAACCAAGCAUCCUUCCUGCCUCGUGAAGUCGUGAAAUCCAUUCCAUUUUCCUCAAGCAAGAUGGCUGAGAUAUUGAACAAAUUCGCUGUGAAGCCUGGGUAAUUAAAAG